CUUUAUGAAAUCGGCAAAAUGCUUGGUGAGGGAGGAUACGGCUCCGUCUAUGAAAGGAAAUGCUUGGAGGAUGGCCUUGAGCAUCCUCCCGAGGUGUAAUUUCAAUAUCUGGUCAAGGUCUCUGUCAUCAGGGACUGUACAAUCCAAUCUUUUAGAAAAAAAAACAGAGGUUUACCCAUAACCCACUGAACCUUAGCCGUCAAUGGGGCAUAAGCAGAUCAUAGGAAGACGUUCAAAUGAGACUUCAUACAUAUUAGCUAUUAAUCCAGCAAAACAUAAAUAGUUACGAAUUGCCAUGGGAUUGAGUUGGACAUAGAAGAAUAAAAUGAACAUGAGAGGAUACCUAUUUUUAGCUUUAUGGCACCUACCCUGACGAAGGUCUAUUUCAUUCCAUUUUAUUAAGUCACUGGCCCUUUAAACCGGUGCGGAAGUGCCUUUACUAGUAUAAAACGUCACGUACAAUGUCAAACGAAUGAAUCACUUGCACAAGGUAGUGUGCUGUAACUAGUAAUUUCCAGUUCCCUAUCAUUCUCUAAUCUGAUACAAGCUGAUCUCUGGCUAGUCAGCGGACAAUUCGUAGACAGGUGAAGAUCAAAUGUUUUUUUAGGGCGGACCCGGGACAAGAACGAAGAUUGCUGUGAGGACGAGAGUAACUUGAGGAAUGGCUGCAUCUAAAUGUACGCAACUGACUGCUGCUCUGAGCAGACAGUUACUGGACUCCGUGGACUGUGUACUAUUUGACUGCGACGGCGUGAUAUGGAGAGGGGACCAGGUCAUCCCCGGAGCCCCUGAGGUUGUCAGUUCACUGAAGAAAAACGGAAAACAGGUGUUUUUUGUCACAAACAACAGCACGAAAACCCGACAAAUGUACGCGGAUAAAUUAGGCAAGCUCGGUUUCGAUGCCACUGCUGACGAGGUGUUCGGGACAGCGUACUGCUCGGCGGUGUACCUCAAAAACGUAUGUAAACUCGACGGAAAAGUCUAUUUAAUUGGGAGCAAUGCGAUGAGGCAGGAGCUCGAGGACGUGGGGAUCCGGCCGGUCGGUGUGGGGCCUGACCCCGUCUCAGGAGGUCAGAAAGACUGGGCGGAUGUUCCUCUCGAUAAGGAGGUCCAGGCUGUACUGGUCGGGUUUGAUGAACAUUUCAGUUACAUGAAGCUCAAUAGAGCUCUGCAGUACCUUUGUAACCCCGCCUGUCAGUUCGUGGGAACUAACACGGACACGAGGCUGCCUCUGGAGGGAGGCAAAGCGGUCCCGGGGACAGGGUGCCUCCUAAAGGCUGUAGAGACCGCUGCACAGCGCCAAGCUCAAGUGGUCGGAAAACCCAGCAGCUUCAUGUUCGAGUGUGUGGCCAGCCAGUUCGGUCUGAACCCUGAGAGGUGUCUGAUGGUCGGAGAUAGACUGGACACUGACAUCAUGCUAGGCUCAAACUGUGGCCUGAAGACCCUGCUGACCCUCACAGGGGUUUCUACUGUAGCAGAAGCCGAGGCAAACCAGAAGAGCGAAUGUCCACUUCAGCAAAAAAUGGUGCCUGACUAUUAUAUAGGCAGCAUUGCUGAUAUUUUACCUGCACUACAAGCAUAGUCAGUGUGUUUACUUGGAUCUCACCCAGUUUAAUAGAGAAUAUAUUUAUCAAUAAAUGGGUACCGAUAUUUUAAUACUAUAGUUUAUCUAAAUAGGUUUAAUAGAAAUUGUUCUACAAAUAUAUGCAGUAUGAUUUAUGUCAUCAAGGCUUCAUUUCAAAACUGGCCUACCUCUUUUUUUUUUUUAAAUAACCCACUGUUUUUAUUUUAAGUAAUAUAAGGGCAAUACUUUUUUUAUUUUAGUGUUAUUGUUUUUGUAAUUUGUAAAGUGUUUUCUUGUCAGUAAUACUCGGGUGCUACAAAACAAGUGACCCUCUAAAUUGUGCUGUUUGUUUUUUAUUUUAUCAGAAGUACUUCAAUUCUGUACUGUUAAUUCACUGUACUUGUAACAUAAUAAGUGAGAGAAUAUUAUGAAUAGUUUCAGUUUUUACAUUUUGCAUUUUACAGCUUUGUCACUCACUAACCCAUAAACCUGGUAGGAUUUUUCUUCUCACCAUGGUUUGGCGUGAGUUCAAGUGUUCAUUUCGCUUGACUGAUCAAAUAAAUAAGGAUUGUUAAUGAAAA